GUGCUCCAGAGACAUCUGUCACUAAUUUGUCCUGUGUUACUCGCAUCACCAUUUCUCAUACUGUUUCCCUCCAUUGCACUUGGCUUCCUGGCCAAGGGGCACCAGAAGAUACCAAUUACUUUCUAUUUUACAGGUAUGAGACGUACACUGAAGAAUGUCAAGAUUAUAUCAAAGACAAAUGGAACAGGAAUACUGAGUGCAGAUUUCCAGUGACUCAUAUUGAUCCUGAAGAGGUUGACAAUCUCGUCGUAAUACACAUUAAUGGGUCUAGCAAGUAUGCUGCAAUCAAACCUUUUCAGCAGUUAUUUAACCAAAAUGCCAUUGAGAAAGUGAAUGUUCCCAGAAACGUCACUGUAUUCUUAAAGCAAAAUGAUCUCCUGGCCACGUGGGAGAAGCCAGUUUCUCCUUUCUCUGAAGAAUGUUUUGAAUAUGAAUUUUACCUCUUCAACCUGAAGUCAGGUAACAAGCAGAUACUGAAAAUAUCCUCAAACGACUUCAGAUUACGAAUCGAUGUUACCAGCAGGUAUUCCGUACAAAUAAGAGCUAAUCAUCACCUAUGUUGUAUGAGAGGAUUUUGGAGUGACUGGACUGAAAUUAUUUAUGUUGGGCAAAACAAAGUGGAGAAUUCCGUAUCCUGGAUUCUCGCUGUGCUUUGUGUGUCCACCUGCUGCACGUUCCUGCUUGUUGCUAUAAUAUGCAAAAUAAACCACAUAUGGAGUAAACUGUUUCCACCAAUUCCAACACCCAGCAACAAAUUCAGAGAUCCCUUCCCAAAUGACUACGAGAGAGCACGUACCUACACCAGCGAGAUGGAGACCGAGGUGGGCAGCUUGGCUGAGGAUCUCUGCGGCAGUGCCCUCGACGACUCCGUCUUCUGA